AUGAAGGCUCUGGUGUUGCUGUCUGUUGCCUACGCGUUGGUUUCGUGCGUCUUUUCGGCAACAACAGCAGCAGAACUGAAGUCGAAGAACUGCAAUGAUGUCCGCGCCGCGUACAGCUCCAAGGGAUUCAACAGCAACGACGUCCCCAACAAAGGCGUGAACGGGGCCCCUCUGAAGGUGUGUCCGCAGGGAUACUCCUGCUGCACUCUGGAGAUGGAGGAGAAACUGAGCCAGCAGAGCAACACCGAAAUCAAAGCUCCGGUCUCUCAGCUCAGCACCAACCUACAGUCCACGUUCAGACAGAGAUACAGCCACUUCGACAAGUUUUUCCGCGAGCUGCUGAAGAACGCCGAGAGCUCUCUGCACAACAUGUUCGUUCGCACCUACGGCAUGAUGUACGUCCAGAACGCCGAGCUCUUCAAGAAGUUCUUCGAGGACCUGACGCGGUACUACUCCAGCGGCAGCGCGGCCAUCAACCUGGAGUCCAUGCUGUCGGACUUCUGGGCCGAGCUGCUGGAGAGGAUGUUCCGGCUCGUCAACGUCCAGUACGAGUUCACCGACGAGUACAUGGGGUGCGUGAGCCGCCACACCGACCAGCUCAUGCCGUUCGGAGACGUGCCGCGAAAACUGCGCAUCCAGCUCACCCGGGCCUUCGUCGCCGCCAGGACCUUCACCAAAGGCCUGUCCUUGAUGCCAGAGGUGGUCAACAAGGUGUCCAUGGUCAGCACGUCUCCCAGCUGCGUCCGCGCCGCUAUGAAGAUGCUGUACUGCCCCUACUGUUCGGGGCAGGUGGCGCUGAAGCCGUGUCAGAACUACUGUCUGAACGUGAUGCGCGGCUGCCUCGCCAACCAGGCCGACCUCGACACGGAGUGGAACAACUUCCUCGACGCCAUGUUGAACCUGGCCGAUCGUCUGGAGGGGCCCUUUAACUUCGAGUCGGUCAUGGAUCCCAUCGACGUGAAGAUCUCUGAGGCCAUCAUGAACAUGCAGGAGAACAGCAUGCAAGUCUCCCAGAAGGUGUUCCAGGGUUGUGGGCAGCCCAAACCCAGCAUGGCCUUCAGAACCAAGCGAUCCAUCAAAGAGACGGCGUUUACAGGACGCUUCAGACCCUACAGUCCUGACGCCAGACCCACCACCGCCGCAGGCACCAGCUUAGACCGACUGACGGGGGAUGUGAAGAAGAGGCUGAAACAUGCUAAAAAGUUCUGGUCCACGCUGCCAGAGACGGUGUGUGCGGGAGAGAGGAUCGCCCCCGGAGACGAGUGCUGGAACGGCACCGCCAAAAGCAGAUACGAGUCUGUUGUCAUCGGCAACGGCCUGGCCAAUCAGGUGUCGAACCCGGAUGUGGACGUGGACAUCACGAAGCCGGACAUCGUGAUCCGGAGUCAGAUCGCGGUGCUGAAGGAGAUGACCAGCUGGCUCAAAGCGGCGCACAGCGGCAACGACAUCUCCUUUGAGACAGACGAAGAGGCCAGCAGCGGGGACGAGGAGGGGGAGAGCGGCAGCGGCUGUGACCCUCCCUCAUGCACUACGGACCAGGACAUCUACUUCAGCACCCCCCAGGUCCCGCGCCUCGUCCCAGUGGCAAAGGGACCGUCCGACGCCGCGGCCUCCAGGCGGGGCAGUCUGCUUUUGGCGCUCUCCGCUCUACUCCUGGCUCUGCUCGUCCCUCAUUGGAGAUAA